AUGGAUCCCAACCCGAUAGAUGACCACUCGAAAAAAUCAAAUGCCGCCCUGCAACCCUUGCAGCCACUAGGGCAUGGGAACGUGAAGCUCACGCCUAACUACUGGUACAGGGGGCCAGAACUGCAGAGUCACCAACGGCAAUAUCAACACCCAUUGACAUACUGGCACCAUCCACAUUCACUGCCAAACCAGCCUGUUUCUCCUCAAGAAGCUUUCCAUGGACAGUCUGUUCCCGCUUCUCCCGCAAUUCCUGAGCAGAAGAAGCAUAAACGUACGAGGAGCGGCUGCUUUACCUGCCGUGCCCGUCGAGUCAAGUGUGAUGAGAAGCGUCCUACCUGUGACCGUUGUGGAAAGGGGAAACGGGAAUGUGUAUAUCCCCCACCAGUUCAAAAGUCAGCAAAGAAACAUAGCGUGAAAGUGGAAGAGACCUGCCCAGUGAUUGCCGAAAGCGAGCCCGAAGGUGAAGAGAACGAGAAGGACCAAAAUGCCAGUCGAAUUACAUCGAAAAAUCCCCAAGAGGCAAAAUCGCCAGACCACACAGCGGAGCGACGUACAAGUAAUACUGUCAGGAAAAAGCUCGGAACUCGUCGAUCUGCCAAUACCAGCCAUCAACAGAAAUCCGUGAAUUCGGAUACCUGGGCAACCUCGCAAGACGCUAGUGUAUCCCCUGCCAGUGAUGUGACAGCGCAUUCUACAGGGUCCCACAGCCCUACAGCCCAUGCCGAUACUUUUUGGGAUCCACAUGACGAUAUCCCAGACUCUGCAUCUAGCAUUGCAGAUACCCCUAGUCUUAGUGACGAUGUAAAAUUCUUUCUAGGAUACCAUACGCAGCACAUCACACACACACACUACAUGAUGAAAUCUGUUGCUGCCAAAUUCAUUAGCGAAGACCUGAUGAAAUACGCCUUAGAAUACGAACCUCUUCUUUAUGCCGUGGUCGCAUUUUCUGCCUAUCAUUAUUCUAUUCGGCAUCCUAAUGGCCGGCUCUAUACCUUUCUUCAAUACUACAACAAAUCUGUUUCAUCGCUGCUUUUUUCUCUGAAAAGUCACCAACCUCACAAAGAUGCUACGAUUCUCACUAUACUUCAACUAACUACUUUCGAGGAAUACGUUGGAGACUGGGUCAAUCUUAUAGACCAUCAUCACGCAGCUCACCAGAUGAUUCUUCAAUUAUACUCACCUGACAAGGUCUUAGAUGACAGAUUCCGCAUGCACAUCGUCCAUUGGAACAUGAGGUACGAUGUCAUGGCUGGUUUGAUGGCCGGUAAUGCCACAAUCCUGGGCCGAGAAUGGUAUAUAAGAGCAGAGAAGAAAGCGUACCAGGAAGCUACAGACGAUCCCAAUUCUCUGAGCAAGGAGCUCUUCGCCUUUUGUGCCUGCAACAAGCGGUGCGCAGUGGAUCUUGCCUCUCUCCUCGGCAAAGUUUCCCAGAACCUCAUCUCCCAAGAGGAAUUCCUCGCCGAAGGAAGAGUGAUCACUGAGACUAUGACAGAAAUGAUUCGAAAGCUCGGCGAAUACAAUGACCCAAAUUACCUGGUCAUGAGUUAUCCAGAGAAGAUACCGUUGGGGAUAAAUGACAUUGUCGAUCCCUAUGUUCCGGGGCUUGUCCAUACUAGUCCGUUUAGUGAAGUUGAUUUAGUUAAACUGGAACUCCGAAGCAGCCUCUUAAUGUACAACUGCCAAAUCGGUUUGAUCACACAAUCACUGGAACCAGCUGAAAUGUCGAAAUUUGCAUUGGAACAAUGCCAGCUGGUUGAGACGAUAAACAGGCUACCCGAAAAGGCCUCAAUGUUCCCUCUAAUGUUUCAUAAUGUACUGGGCUUGAUUUGCUUGUACAUUCCGCCUGAUGAUCGACAUAGGAUGUGGUGUCGGAAAAGGCUUGCUGAGAUGGAACAACACGGUUACAUAUACCCUCCCGCAUUUCGAGCGAGGGUAGCAGAUAUCUGGAAAGUCCCUGAAGUUGCAGACUGGUGGCUGCCAAACAGCGAAGGAUAUCCCAAAUUAGUUCGAGAGAUCCGAGAAUGGACGUCAGAACGUACUACGAAUCCUAGAGACAAUUUCAGGGAGGCAGUGAGGGAUAUCCGGUCUAUUUUCGGUAGAAUGACUUGCUCCGACGAUAGCAGCCAGGGCAGCUCGCCAAGCGCGCAUAGUGGAAUCCAUCAAAGGCUAUCACCCCCACAGUCCCCCCCCUAA